AGAUAAGAAAAUUUUUGCCGGUGAUAGUUGCGUGACUCUCUUUUUCAUUUAUAAUAUAGACGGAGCGGGAGUUAUUUUUGUUGUUGGCUGUACUGUAUAUAGAGAAAUUAGUUCGUUUACCGACUGAUAGAGGACGUCAGUUCAACUACUCGCCCCGUCCAGGCGGUAUGGCUCUCCACACACAUUGUGUCCGAAUAUUUCCAAGUGAAUAAAGUGAAUUGAAUUCCCCUGUGUGUGGAAUGCCGCAAUCAGCCAUCGUUUACUAACUAAACGGAAUCAACAAUUAGUGUCGAUACUUUCCUUUUUCUUGAUUCACAAUGUUAUCACAAAUAAAAAAUAGUUCGACCAGAAAAUUGGAAGGAAAAAGAACAAAGGAAUUGAUGUCGUCUUCUAGUCUUUCGGGCAUGUCACAAUUAUCAAAUAGCAGUGAAGAAUCAGAAAGUACAACGAAGGACAAAAGUCCGCAGUUCAACGAAUGGCUGUUAAAUGGUCCGACGGGGAACAAGUCAUCAAUCUUACGUUUCAAAUGCUCAGCUCUGUCAACGCCUCCGGAAAACCCACCGGCAAAAAAACUUCACAUGACCUAUAAGAUUUUUCAAACAGAAACAAAACUCAUAAAUUUUCUUCUUCAGUCGCACGGUUUUUCCGAGGUAUCGAUAAAUGAAAAUGAUUUCAAUCUUCUCUGGAUUGGAAAUCAUCCGAAACCUGAUGUCCUUCGUAAUUUGACUCCUUAUCAAAAAGUGAAUCAUUUUCCCAGAUCCUACGAAAUAACGAGAAAGGAUCGUCUCUAUAAGAAUAUUGAAGCGAUGCAAAGAAGCAAAGGAGUUCGUAAUCUGGAUUUUAUACCGCAAACAUUUCUUCUUCCCAGUGAAUCGAAAGAACUUCUAACAGCACACUUUAGGUAUCGAGGUCCAUGGAUUGUAAAACCAAAAGCAAGUUCCAGAGGUCGUGGAAUUUACAUCGUCAAUAGUCCGGAGAAGAUUUUAACCGACGAAUCUGUGAUUGUCGCGCAAUACAUAAAUAAUCCACUUUUGGUGGACGGACACAAAUGUGAUUUAAGAUUGUAUGUUGCCGUGACGAACUACGAUCCACUUUUAAUUUAUCUCUACGAGGAGGGAUUAGUAAGAUUUGCCACUGUCAAAUACGACGGCGGCAAUCAGUACAUUUGGAAUCCGUGUAUGCAUCUCUGCAAUUACAGCAUCAAUAAAUUUCACGUCGACUAUGUCAAAAAUGACGAUCCAGAUGCGGAAGAUGUGGGACACAAGUGGACAUUGUCAGCUCUACUUAGACACUUGCGAUCCAUUGGCCAAGAUACGGAAUUGCUGAUGCAACGAAUAGAAGAUGUUAUAAUAAAGUCAAUUCUCGCCACUGCUUCUGGUAUCGUUAGUGGAAUGAAACAGUUCGUUAAACAUCCUGACACUUGUUUCGAAUUAUUUGGAUUUGACAUUCUGAUCGAUGAUUGUCUGAAACCAUGGCUACUGGAAGUGAAUUUGACUCCGUCUUUGGGCUGUGACUCGCCAUUGGACGUGAGAUUGAAAUCUGCUUUAAUCGCAGAUCUGCUUACCCUCGUCGGCAUUCCCGCUGUCGAUCCCAUCCUAAGACCUCAAGCCACGAGUCAAAAUAAAUUUGCCAAUCCCACUAAAAAAAUAACUAGUUAUCGAAGAGUUCACUCGGCUGAAACUUUGGCUCAAAAGAAGAAAACUACCUCAAAGAAUGCAUUGAACAAAACUGGCCUUUCUUCGGAACAACAACGAAUUGUCGCCUCGGCGAAAGCACAAUUUGAACGUAGAGGAGGUUUCGUACGAAUUUUUCCCAGUCCAAAGUCCUGGGAAAUGUACUCUCAGUAUCUAGAUCCAGUGACGGGAAUUCCUGUGGUGACGGAUCCCCUGGGUCCAGGAAGAGUGCCGCAACACAUUAACACAAAUCACAAUCUGAUGUUGCACGAGCAACUAUUUCCAGCGGCUAGUCGUAUUGGUUUCAUAAUUCAGGAAGUCAAGCUGGACAGACUUUCCAGGUACGAAAGAUACGAGAGAGCACUUCUCAAGGGUCACAAGCAAAGUUUGGAUCGUAAUGAUAGUAAGGAAAACAUUGAUAUCGAUGGCCAAAAAUAUAAAGCUCAAGUAAUUCAAUUAAUGGAAGACGGCAAUAAAUUAAGCCCCGGCGAGGCGAGAAAAGCCUUCGGACUUUAUUUAGGAUUUAUAUUACGUAAAAUAUCUCAACCAAAAGCGGAUCCAGUUUGUUGUGAUCUUGUUACGAAAUUUUUACAACAAUCUUCUAGUAAUUUAAAAACGCCAUUCUUAUUCACUUUGCCAAAUAGUAAAUUGAGUGAUAAGGAUCGAGCUGCCAUAACUGCGAAGCAGUUAUCGGAUUUUUUGCAGCAAUACAACAAAGAAACUGAUUUUUACGCUGAUAGUGUUGAUCGGCCAAGAACUGUUCCAAACAGACUGUUUCAAAAAUUUCUCACUGCAGCGAGUGAGGAGGAUCUCGACGACGUGUUACUUCUACAAACUCGCCUCUACAAUUGCGCUCACAGUUUUUUGGGCCGAAGUGGAUUUGCCGGAAGUCUGCGAGGUCCAAAUCUUCUUUGUUGUUUGCCGCACAUCACGUCUCGCGUUCAUUCGAACGCAAUUACUAAUGAGCAAUGCAAAUGCAACCAAACAGUGAGUCGGCCAACAAAAGCGCCUAGAACUUAAUUUUUUAUUGUUAAAAAAAUCUAUUGUUUCUCUUUCCUUUUUUUUAAAGUGUUGAUCACCUUUUUUUUUACAUUUCUAAUAAUCACUUUUCAUCUCAAAAAAAAAAAAUUUAUUUAUAUUUGUUAUAUAGUCGAAAGUUUUUUAUCUUUGUUCUUUUUUUUGUAUUUUUUUAUAUUAUCUAUAUCUAUAUAUUUAAAUUAAUUAUUUAAGAUUCCCUAGUCGUUUCAAUUAUAUAUUUAUUGAUUGUGAUUGAAGAAAAAAACAGUCGAAAACGCACCCGGAUAGGUUUUUUUUUUAAAUCACGUAAAAGCCAAACAAGGUUUUUUAGAGUAAAUUAUAUUUUUUUCUCCAUAAAGAAUAAAAAUUAUCAAGAGAAAAAAAUUAUAUAAAUUAGAAUUCGUUUUUUCGAUCUAUUUUCAAAGUUUAAAAAAAUAAAAAUUUUCGCUUUCAAAAAUUUUAAAAUAGUAAAUCGCUUUUUUUUAAAAUAAGUUUACGUCUCCGGAUUCCUGCCAGAAAUGGAAAAAUUUAAGAUUGGCAGGCACCAAUCUCAAAAAGAAACGGAAUUGUAAUUUUAGAGAGUGAAAGAAAAAUUAAUUAAUUCAAAAGAAAUUAAAAAU